AUGGCGAAUCUUUUUGAGAAUAUCGGAGAGAUAGAGGUAAUGGGAGAUAUUUGGAAUUGUACUGCCCAAUCUCCGCACAACAACGACGUCAACAUAAUCGCAAGAAAUGACCAGUUGAUGCCUCUCGGAGGUACUCAGUAUAUGGGCCCCGAUUACGGUUAUGUUCCUCAGACUCUGCUUGACAACGGCAUGAAUUAUCACGGCACAAGCAAUAUCAACGCAUAUCAUGCACCAUUUCUGCUUGAAGAUCUCAAUGUGGAUCUAAAUGUUGAUUUUGAGCAAGAUGGGACGAUGAUGCUCGGCGACGACAUGUUUGAAUCAGGGCGCGCGUCCCCUUGCCUACUCCCGCCGAUGAAUAUCAACGUGCCAAUGCAGCCUCAACCUAAAACUAGGCGGGAUACAACACGAGAGAAAACAAGACGCAAAUCCGUUCUACAUACAGAGAAUAGCUUUAUUCAGAGCCUUCGAGCCCAGAAUAUACCUUGGAAGAAAAUCUCCGAGUUAUUUUCCCAGCGAUUUGGCAAGGUUAUGAGCAAUGCGAGCCUCCAGAUGCGCAUGAUACGCCGACGGAAAAGGGCAGGGAUAUGGAGAUACUCAGAUAUCAAGCUGCUUCGUGAGGCCUACAAUUAUUGGGAAACAAAAAAAUUCGCUAUCAUUGCGAGGAAGCUACAGGAAUUAGGAGCUUCGCAAACAUAUACGGAGCGGCAAGUUGAAUUUCAAUUACAGCAUUCUCAGCACGAAUAG